AUGUACAGUGGCAAGGAGGGAGACAGGCAUGAACUUGGAGUUGGAUUUGUGGUGGAAAAUAGCAUGAAGGAGAAUAUUAUAGAUUUCAAGCCAGUAAAUGAGAGAAUAUGCGUCCUAAGGGUAAAAACAAAAUUCUUCAACCUCUCACUAAUAAAUGUGCAUGCCGAAAGUGAAGAUAAAGAUGAAGCUGUUAAGGAUGAAUUCUACUGCAAGCUGGAACAGACAUACAAUAGCAUGCCUUCUAAUGAUAUAAAAAUGAUUUUGGGAGACAUGAACGCAAAAAUUGGUAAGGAGAUGGUAUUCCAGAGAGUGGCAGGAUUGCAUAGUCUGCAUGAAGAGAGCAACGACAAUGGAAUGCGGGUCCUGGAUUUUGCAAUGUCAAGAAACAUGAUAGUUGCCUCAACACAGUUCCCAAGAAAAGAAAUUCACAAGUGGACCUGGACAUCACCAGACGGCCAGCACCAUAAUCAGAUUGAUCAUGUCUUGGUGGAUAGACGAGCAGCUACAAGCAUCACAAACAUAAGGAGCUGCAGAGGUGCGGACUGUGAUUCUGAUCACUAUCUGGUGAGAAUUGAUUUUAGAUGCCGAAUUCGCAGUAAAGACAAUAAAAGGCAGCAGAGGCCACCAAAGCUGAAUGUAGAUAAACUGAGGGAGGAAGGUGAAAGAAAGAAAUAUCAAGAGGCACUGGAGAAUCUCAUUCAAUUACCUGUACACGCACAGGAGGAAAAUAGAACAACAGAGGAGGAAUGGCAGGAUCUGAAGAGGGCUAUUACCCAGGCAGCAGAGGAGACUAUUGGAUAUAGUACCCAAACAAGACGGGAGAGCUGGUUUGAUGAUGAGUGUGAGGAGGCCAUACAGAAAAGAAACGAGGCCCGGAGACACUAUAUAGAAAGGCCAACUAGAGCAAAAAAAGCAAACUAUGAUAUUCUUAGAAGAAAGGCUAAAAGUGUGAUUAAAAGGAAAAAACGAGAAUACUACAACAACAAGGUCACCAAAAUUCAACAGGAUUUUGAGAAGAAAGACCCCCGAGAGGCAUAUAAAGGAGUAAACCUGUUCAAGAAAGGAUACAAGCCAAAAACAACACUUUGUAAGGAUCUGAAUGGAAAAAUAAUUGGAAAUAAAGAUAGCAUAAUGGAGCGAUGGAGGACCUACUUCAGUCAGUUGCUUAACCCCAACCUAGACCAAAUGUACUGCCAGACCAGAGAUUAG